GAUUUUCUUAUUUCCUUAGCUUCCAAUUAAAUAGAAACCACAUGAAUAUGUAUACAACGUGUUGUAAACAACAAAAUACUGAAGAAUUCAAUUCCUAAUUUCCCUGAAGUUUCCUCCAUGUGCAAGAAUGACAAAGGGAUCUUCCAUACACCUAGGAGUGACCUUCCUUCCAACCACCAUUGAAGCUUCCUUCCACCUUCAUAGUACCUAGUUUUGGUGCUAUAAAUAGAGAGCUUGGAGAGUCUUUCUAUCAUCAAGUAAAUUAGAAUAGAUCAUCAUAGCACAACCAAGAAGAGUUGUGAAUAUCCUUGAGAGAUAUGUGAGGUGUUGUUUUUUGAGAGUUUUUAGUUAGAGCUUGUAUGUCUCUUCUUUCUAUUCUUGAAAGUAAUAGAAGUGUUUUUCUCUCAUAUUAGCACGAUCCUGUUAUUCCCAACAAGUGGUAUCAGAGCCUGGUUGAGCUUUUGAUAUUUUUUCCAGAUUUUUUCAGAUAAAAUUCUACUGUCUGAAAAAUCGAGUUUUUCAUUAUUGCUCGUAAUUGCAAUCGGAAUAUACCGUUGGAUUCGUCUCGUCGAGACGAGAAAACUGGUAUUUUUGGGGAAUUUUUUGGCCACCGGAAGCUGCCGUACGCGCCGCCAAACGCCGGCCAAAAACUGCCUGCGUCAUGCUGACGUCAUCACGCGCAGACAGAGGUUGAAGACAGCUGACGUCAUCGCUGACGUCAUCAGCCAGCCAGAGCUGCGUCAGCGACACGUCAGCGCCACAUGUGCAGUCCCAGCCCAGUCAGCUGCCACGUCAUCGCCCAGUCACCGCCACGUCACUGACACGUCAUCUGCCACGUCGCCGGUCAGUUUGUAAUUUUGAAAAUUUGCAGUUUGGUCCCUCAAUUUUUGGAAAAUUAUAAUUUCCACCUAUAAUUUUUCGAAAAUUGUAUUUUGACCCCGAAAGUGCCUACCCACCAUUUUCGGCCGUUCCGGACGCAUUGGUGCUGCCCGUUUUUCGAAAUUCUGCUCCGAUUUUUCUGAAACAGAAAAUCAAAAUUAUUUAGAAGGUGAAAAUGACCUUUGACGAGUCAACUUCAUCUUCCGGAGCUAUGAUUAUGCUCACGGCUACCAACUACACGCUAUGGAAACCUCGGAUAGAUGAUUUCCUUAGUUGUAAAGACCUUUUUGAUCCAAUAGAGAUGAAAGGUAUUAAUCCUGACCCGGCUAAGUCAACGGAAUGGAAGAAAAUUAAUAGAAAAACUAUUGGUCAAAUCCGACAAUGGAUUGACCAUAGUGUCUUCCACCAUGUUGCACAAGAAACCGAUGCUUAUGCCCUUUGGAAAAAGUUAGAAGAUAUGUACCAGGCCAAGACCGCUAGGAACAAGGCCCUACUGAUGAGGCGUCUUGUUAAUAUGAAGCUCAAAAGUGGAACUUCUGUUGCCGAACAUACUAGUCAAUUUCAGAGUCUGGUAAAUCAACUAUCUUGUGUAGAAAUGCCACUUGGAGAUGAAAUGCAAUCUCUACUGCUUCUUAGUUCCCUUCCUGAUAGUUGGGAGACACUAGUUGUUACUCUCAGCAACUCAGCCCCAGAUGGCAAACUUACCAUGUCUGUGGUCAAGGAUGCAUUGUUCAAUGAGGAGGCAAGAAGGAAAGACAUGAGCACAGAUGAGACUCAUGCCCUUGUGACAGAGAAUAGAGGAAGAUCACAAGGAAAACAACAAAGAAACAGUAGAGGGAAAUGGCAAAGCAGGGGCAAAAGUCGGGGGAGAUCAUCAGAUGGCCGGAAACCUUCUUAUACCUGCCACCAUUGCGGUAUAGAGGGUCACAUGAAGAAGAAUUGCUACAAAUUGCUAGAGGAGCGAGGCAAGAGCAAUUCUCAAGUGAAGAGCAAGGGUGGUGAAGCGCUCAUCACAAUCUCAGGUGAUGUGGCGUAUUGUACUAUCAAUGAUGAAACAUGCCUUCACGUCUCAAGAGAGGACACUGAAUGGGUGGUAGAUACUGCAGCAUCCUACCAUGUUACUCCCCACAGGUACUACUUCACAACUUACAAAGCUGGAGACUUUGGAGCAGUGAAGAUGGGCAAUUCCAGUUCAUCUGAAAUAGCUGGAAUUGGUGAUGUACAAAUAAAGACGAGUUCUGGGAGCACAAUCACUUUGAAGGAUGUCAGACAUGUUCCAGACCUUCGUCUCAAUCUCCUGUCAGUGGUAUGUCUUGACGAACAGGGGUAUGAAAACUACUUUAACAGGGGCACCUGGAAAGUGUCAAAGGGCAUUUUGACAAUCGCUCGAGGACAUGUUUGUGGCACAUUGUACAAAACCCAUUUAAGGAUUUGUACGGAUAGCCUCAACAUUGCUGAGGAGACUUCUCAGAAUCUGUGGCACCUGAGACUCGGCCACAUCGGUGAGAAAGGGCUGACUACCUUGAUCAAGAAGAACCUUAUCAACAUCGACAAGAAUGCUGCACUGGGUCCUUGCAGUCAUUGUCUGUUUGGUAAGCAUCAUAGAGUAUCAUUUAGUUCUACUUCAGCUAAAAGAUCAGAGUUGUUAAGUUUGGUACACUCCGACGUCUGUGGUCCUUUCGAGGUGGAAUCAAUCGGUGGAAGCAGAUAUUUUCUGACUUUUAUUGAUGAUGCUUCUCGGAAAGUGUGGGUGUAUUUCCUGAUUACGAAAGAUCAGGUAUUUGAGUGCUUCAAGACAUUUCACGUCUUGGUGGAACGUGAAACGGGAAAGAAGCUGAAAUGUCUCCGAUCUGAUAAUGGAGGCGAGUACACAUCCAAGGCGUUCGAUGCAUAUUGCAGAGAAUAUGGCAUUCGACAUGAGAAGUCAGUACCACGCACCCCUCAGCACAACGGCGUUGCUGAAAGAAUGAACCGGACUAUCAUGGAGCGUGUCCGGAGCAUGCUGAAUAUGGCUAAGCUUCCGAAGUCAUUCUGGGCAGAAGCAGUCAACACCGCAUGCUACCUUAUCAACCGAUCACCUUCGGUACCACUGAACUUUGAAGUUCCAGAGAGGUUAUGGACAGGUAAGGAUCCUACAUACUCACAUCUUAGAGUAUUUGGUUGUUCAUCAUAUGCACAUGUAUCCAAAGAGCUCAGGCAGAAGCUCGAUGCAAGAACUAUCCCAUGCAUUUUCGUUGGCUAUGGAAAUGAAGAGUUUGGAUACAGGCUAUGGGAUCCUAAGGAGAAAAAGGUGUUCAGAAGUAGGGAUGUUGUGUUCCACGAAGAUUUGACAAUAGAAGACAUUGAAAAACCCACAAUGUCUCGGAAGUCAAAUGAGGGUGCUCAAGUUUCAAAUGAAGCACCAGAAGAGGACGAAGUGCAUGAAGAUAACUCAGAAGCAGAAGAACACGAGGAGACAGAAGAGAGUGCAGGGCAAGGGGAGACACAAUCCACCCCGCCAGACACAGAUGAUGGUAGCUCUUCUCAUAUGGUCCCUACUGUUCGUAGAUCUGAACGAGGGCAUAUACCAUCGACAAGGUACACAUCAUCUGAAUAUCUUUUGUUAACUGAAGAUGGAGAACCAGAGAGUUUUCAAGAAGCUGUAUCUCAUAAGGAUAAAGAAAAAUGGCUAAUAGCAAUGCAGGAUGAGUUAGAAUCUCUGCAGAAAAAUCAAACUUAUGAGAUCGUAGAACUUCCUAAAGGGAAGAAGGCACUGAGGAACAAAUGGGUGUUCAAGCUGAAGAAGGAUGCAAACGGACAAGUGGUGAAACACAAAGCUCGGUUGGUUGUCAAAGGGUUCCAGCAGAAGAAAGGAAUUGACUUUGAUGAGAUCUUUGCACCAGUUGUCAAGAUGACCUCAAUCCGAGUUAUACUUGGCUUGGCAGCAAGUAUGAACUUGGAGCUUGAACAAAUGGAUGUGAAGACAGCAUUUCUUCACGGAGAUUUGAAAGAAGAAAUCUACAUGCAGCAGCCGAAAGGUUUUGAGAACUCAAAUGAUAAUUUUGUGUGUAAAUUAUCUAAGAGUUUGUAUGGCUUGAAGCAGGCACCAAGGCAGUGGAAUAAGAAGUUUGACUCAUGCAUGAAGAGUCAAGGCUACAAGAAGACUACUGCGGAUGAGUGUGUAUACAUCAAGAAACUUUCAGACGGUACUUUCAUUGCUCUUCUACUAUAUGUAGACGACAUGUUGAUCGUUGGGAAAGAUGCAGUGAAGAUAAACCAGCUGAAGAAAGAACUCUCUAAGUCUUUUGAUAUGAAAGACUUAGGACCGGCUCAACAGAUUCUUGGGAUGCAGAUCACUCGAGACAGGAAGAAUCGCAAGUUAUGGCUAUCUCAGGAGAAGUACAUUGAACGAGUACUUGAGAGAUUCAACAUGAAUGAUGCCAAACCAGUAAGUGUUCCACUUGCGAAUCACUUCAAGUUGAGCAAAAGAACAUGCCCUACAUCCAAGGAAGAGAUCGGGGAGAUGUCAGCAGUUCCAUAUUCUUCAGCAGUUGGGAGUUUGAUGUACGCCAUGGUAUGCACAAGGCCAGACAUCGCACAGGCAGUGGGUACAGUGAGUCGUUUUCUCUCUAACCCCGGGAAGGAGCAUUGGGAGGCAGUCAAAUGGAUUCUCAGGUACUUGAAAGGUACCACGAAGUUAUGCCUUUGUUACGGAGGAGCUGAUCCAGUCUUGGAAGGCUACACAGAUGCUGAUAUGGCCGGAGAUACUGAUAGUAGAAAGUCUACUUCAGGAUAUAUUUACACUUUUGCAGGGGGAGCCAUUUCUUGGCAAUCAAGAUUGCAGAAGUGUGUCGCUUUAUCUACAACAGAAGCAGAAUACAUUGCUGCCGCUGAAGCAGGUAAGGAAAUGUUGUGGCUAAAGCGCUUUCUCCAAGAACUUGGGAUCCAGCAGAAAGAGUACAAGGUACAUUGUGACAGUCAGAGUGCUUUAGACUUAAGCAAGAACUCCAUGUACCAUUCUCGUACAAAGCAUAUUGAUGUUCGGUAUCACUGGAUACGAGAGACGAUUGAUCAACAACUGUUGAGACUAGUGAAGAUCAAUACAAAGGAGAAUCCAUCAGACAUGCUGACGAAGGUGGUGACACGGGAUAAGCUAGAGCUGUGUAGAGACAUAGUCGAGAUGCUUGUUUUGAAUAUGCCUGGAAGGGGAGAAUUGAAGAAUUCAAUUUCCAGGUCAUAUCCAAGUACAAGCAAAUUGAAGAAUCCAAUUCCUAAUUUCCCUGAAGUUUCCUCCAUGUGCAAGAAUGACAAAGGGAUCUUCCAUACACCUAGGAGUGACCUUCCUUCCAACCACCAUUGAAGCUUCCUUCCACCUUCAUAGUACCUAGUUUUGGUGCUAUAAAUAGAGAGCUUGGAGAGUCUUUCUAUCAUCAAGUAAAUUAGAAUAGAUCAUCAUAGCACAACCAAGAAGAGUUGUGAAUAUCCUUGAGAGAUAUGUGAGGUGUUGUUUUUUGAGAGUUUUUAGUUAGAGCUUGUAUGUCUCUUCUUUCUAUUCUUGAAAGUAAUAGAAGUGUUUUUCUCUCAUAUUAGCACGAUCCUGUUAUUCCCAACAAAUACUUGGGGUAGUAGUACUUUUUUUAUCAUCAAAACAAAUGGCUUACAUUGAUAUCACAACAUUCAUAUAGGGGUAAAAUGAUAAAAGUAACGCAUGCAACCGCCAGCCCUCGAACCAAACUUAAAGUAAAUCACCUCCAAAAAAGAAAUAUAACUCGCUGAUCAUAUAACGGGCAUAAAUGAUUCAACGGCGGUUAAAGCAGACCUCUUAUCACUCAAUCCUAAUGCAAGAGUUUUACAACAAUAAAAGUAACCAAUAGAAAAAUAAACAGUCUGAUAAUGAAAAAUAAAUUGCAUGCAAACAGUAAAAUUAAAAUACUACUUCCAAACCUUAAACCCUCCCGCACUCCAUUGCGGCGAUUCAGGAGGGGGGCGGUCCAAGAGUAUUGUGGCUUCUUCCGCUCCUUGCCUCCGGUCCAGAUCUGUUUCAGGCUUUCAGCCCCUAGCCACAUGCUUCGUCCCCGACCUUCUGAUCUCAAUAAUGAACAACAUCCUCGUAAUUCUCCACAUGUUUCUAGCGGUAUAGAACCUUUGGCCGUCAUAUAGGCGAUGCGGUCUGCCAAGAAGAGAGCCUCACGAAAGACGGACGAAAGCCGCACAAGAAAGCUGCUCUUCAUCGAAGACGAAAGCGAAGAAAAACAACUCCUAACCCUAGAAGGCGCCCACGCCCACCUAGAGAGAGGAGCUCCUAAUAACUUUAAAGUUAUUAACUUGCUUUGACCGAUGUGAUUUAAAAAUUACUGCUUUGCUUGGCGGUAUUAAAACUUUACAAAGCGAAUUGAAGAGAGUAACUAGUUGACUAUCUACAAUUCAUCGGAGAAACAAAUUAAGAUUUGUCUCAUAAGGAGCGCAUUGGUAAUCCUAUUUUUUUCCUUUAUCAGUUAAUUUUUUCAUCAAACACGUAACUUUUGAUUCAGUGAAAUAUAUUAUAAUAAGAAAAAGUAAGGCUGGAGUUUCUUUUUUGGGUGUAUUGAAUUAAGUUACUGUAGAUGAUCAUUUUAGCUAUUUUCAUAUAAUUUUUUCUUUAUUGUAUUAAUAACAUACUUCAUAUAUUUUAAAUAUCAGCAGAAUUAGCCACUUCAAUCAAAAUUUUAUAAAUUUCAGCAGAGUCAAUCAAUACAACUGAUUUGAAUAUUACCAAACGGACUCCAAGAUUUGUGGGAUAAAGGAAGUACUAAAUACUAGUAGUAUUAAGAAUUCAAAAGAAUAGCGUGCUUUUAUUGUUUUGCAUGACUAAAAUUAGAGAAAAGAAGCAUUUCUAUAACCUUUUUGGUGAUCUCCA